AUGGGUUUUGUGAAGAAAGUGGGCGGUGCCCUUGAUACUGCAGCAAUGUACACUGUUAAUGCCGUCGCGUCGAGUGCGCCAUACACUGACGGCGUUGUCACAAACGUGCCCGCAGAUAUCCCCGGCUCGAUCAAGGGCAAGAGCGAACCUCCUCCGCGCAUUUCCAAGAUGACUUGGCAAGAAACCCUGGAAGCAGAGAAGGCCGCAAAGGAGAAGGAUUCCCAGUUUAAAGACUUGUAA